CACAACUUGAUGAUGACGAGGUUCACCUUUUUUUCAAUCCCCCUUGUAAACUCCAUUCACAACCCAACGAAAUGAUUUCACCUAAUCCAAAUAAUGUUGAUUCUAUAAACAUCCGAAAAUCUUCAAACUCUUUUUUCCUAUACCGCAAAAAUUAUAUUGCAAAACAUAAAUCUCCUAGGAAUAAAAAGGACGGGAGGAUUCUUUCAAAUGAAGCCAGUGUUUCCUGGAAGAAUGAAUCGGACAAAGUAAAGAGUUACUUUAAAGUAUUAGCAAAAGUAGCUUUUCAAAAACAUAUAAUAGCUUAUGAAAAUAGAAAAAAUCAUAAUCAUAUUUUUAUUCCUCAACAACCAGGACCACAACAAAACUCCAUAGAUAAUGAUAAUAACGAUCCUGUGGUUUCAUCAUCACACUAUCCACAUUCUACUUGUCGUCACACAAACGAUAAUACGACCUCGUCUUAUCAACAACUAGAACUGCAAAAAGAUAAUCUUCAUAAUACCGAUUGUGCAGUUUCAUCAUCAUCUAUUUCAUCAUCAUCUUGUCAAUGCUCUACUUUUUCUUGCGCAAAUGACAAUGAAACCUCGCUUCUUUUUGUGGCUCAACAACCAGAAUUACAGCAAAAACAAAAAGAAAAUAAUAACGACUGUGCAGCUUCUUCAUCACCUCAUCCAUUUUCUUGCAGAAGUGACAAUACAAACUCGUCUCAUUUUAUGAUUCAACAACUACAACAAAAAGAUAAUUUUUGCAAAAACAAUAAUAGCGAUGAACGUGCCUUACUUCAUUUUAAAAAAUAA